AUGUCUGAUGACGAAGUUGACACUGAGCUUCUUGAACUCCUGCGCCAGCACCUUCAGGGGAAGGUUGAAAUACAAGAUGAGCCGGAAACCGGCGUUCUCCAAAGCGCUGAACAUGUCUACGAUAGCUGUAUCGAUGUAGCUGUCGAUAUGAGAGCCUCAAAAAAGGCAGCCGAGAACAUAUACAAUCAAAUGCAGCAAAAAAGUUAUUCAACUGCCACCUGGUCGGAGCACGAACUUCACCCCAAGGCAAAGGACGAAAGUACGGUCAACUUCAUCUUCACCAUGGACUUGCUAAACUUUUCUUUCUGGUCCGAAUUACCUGACGAUGAGAGAUUUGCCAUUGAGUACCGCGGAAAGAAGUGGACUGGUUAUUGGAGUUUAGUAGCGGCUCUUCAAAGGGCUCUUGAUGAGAACUGCCUUCGAGAAGCAGGACAGGUCCUCUGUAAAUACUAUGAUGGUGCUGUUACAGAGCUGGUUUAUGCAGCUGAUGGUUCUGCGGCUCGCCUGGUAAACUUGCUAGCUCAAGACUUCAACUGCUUUCGCGAUGAGCAUCGUUACGAGGACGGCAAGAUGAUUCGCUUAAUGAAAAGAGCUCAGAUCCUCGUUGCUGAUCUAUGGGCAUGCUUCAACGGCGAAUCGUAUGGCGAAUUUCGUGACAUCGACAAGAUCACCAUGUUUGCCGAUUACCGUAUCCCUCAGAUCCUCAUGACCAUGGGAGCCUUGUACUGCUCUCCUAGUAUCGCAGCGGCUAUCAAUGAUAAGAAGAUGAUAGAGAGCGGGUGCGCAUGGGAACUGCAAAUACGAGCAUGCAGUAUCUGGUGUGUCGAAUUGAUUCGACGCGAAAUCCUACGCCAGCACCCUGGCGCUCAUGUCAACGCCAUCCUUAUAGACUUUUUCCUCUAUGACAGCAUGAAGGAACUGGAAGCAGCAGGGAAAGAGCCUAUUCCACACCAUCGAACAAGGAGUAUUUGGUAUUAG